GUUCACCAUUGUUCACCUUCCUGCAACUGCCAUGUUGACGCUGGGUUACUUCAUCCUGGCAUCGGCUGCUUUGGUUUUGGCUGUCUUCGGCGACAAUUUUGAAGAUAUCGAUGUCCUGCAGUUCAAGCUGAUCCGUUCCAGCAUCACCAUUCAGGACUCCUCCGAUGACUGGACGCGUGCGGGCAUGAUCUCAUUGGAAUCGUUUGAAGAUGUGGGAAGCUGCUACAGUUGCAGAGGUCAAAAGAGUUUGACGACAGUCUUAUCGAGAUCAAGCACGCCACUGAGGGCCGAGUGUUGGCAUCAUCUUCAUCGGCGUUCCUGGUCAAGGUCUUCGUGCUGUUUGUCAAGCACAACAUUGCCGCAAAGGAAGACGGACAAAGGUUUCUGUCAACAACAGGAGGCUGUGCGGCCUUCAUCACUGAGCUCAAGUACCCACCAAUCCGCUGCCAAGAUGUCCGUGGGCAAGGUCAGCCGGCGCCUUACCUCACUCAGCCCAAGCUCUUGAGGUGAACUCGCGGAAGUGCAUAGUGUGGGAAAUCAACAUCCAUGUUCUUGGCCAACUCAAGAAGCUCCUCACAGCGAACGAUGCCAAACUACUUGAACUCCUUUGCACAUCUCGUGGUGUUUGCAGGCGGAAGAUUCCUGUUGCGAGCUUGCGCAAUGGCAUAGGCCCGAUCAAUACUCCGCAUUGCCUCACCACUGAGCAGGUGGAUGAGGAAAUUGUUGACGGAUGCGGACUUGGUGGCCAAUGGUGCAGCUGGCCCUGAGUGCAGCAGUUGGCGUUGAAAGCGUUGAGAAGACGGCAGAGGAAGAAACGGAG